UUCAGUGAUAUCUUUACGCUUAGUUCUGUGUUAAAACUUGUACUUGUGUUUCAAAAAUGGUUGGAAAAAGUUUGCACAAAGCGCUUACCUUGACCACCUAUAUAUUAGUGGUGAUUGUCAUAUAUCCUAUAGUGCUUGUAGUAUCUACUAUAGUUACCAAUAUUGAAAGUUGCCGACGCAAAAAGGAAAAAUCUAUUAAAAAUGAAGUGGCCGUUGUCACUGGUUCAGCUAGUGGAUUGGGUAAAAAUAUCGCCACAGAAUUGGCGGCGAGGGGUUGCCAUGUUGCUAUAUGUGAUAUCAAUUACGACUUAGCUGUGACGACAGCUAAAGAAAUCGCCGAGAAAUAUGGCGUCAAAGCAAAAGCUUAUAAGGUGGAUGUCACCAAAUACGAUGAAAUUGUGGAACUCAAUGAAAAGCUAACCAAUGACAUUGGCGUCGCCACUAUACUCGUGAAUAAUGCGGGCUUACUGUUUCAUCCAGAUAGGUUGAAUCCCACAGUGAAGGACAUUGAAACGAUGAUAAAUGUUAAUUAUACUUCACAUUUCUGGACAAAUCGUGUCUUCAUGGAGAAUAUGAAGCGUGCCAGGAAAGGUUAUCUUAUGGGCAUGUGUUCUUUAUCCGGUCUACAAACAUUGGCGCAGUCCGAACCUUAUUCCAGUACUAAAUUCGCUGUACGUACCCUAAUGCGAAUACGGCGAGUCGAACUAAAGAUGGAAGGAUUCAGUGAUAUUCACUGCACUACCGUAUUUCCUCAUUUUACUCGAACUAACGCUAGGGUUACCCAGGUAGCUGAAGAAGUAGGCUUCACUAAGUUAUAUCCAUUACUAGAAGGCGAAGAAGUCGCGCAGAGAGCUGUAUCGGGAAUGUUAUGUGGUGAAGUGGAGGUUAUUAUACCGAGUAUCAUUGCCCUCAUCUAUCGUCUCCAAGUACUUUUGCCACAACGAGUUCAAGAUUGGUUGAUUACUGCAUUUGUAAAAAACAGUAAGGACAGUAACUAGUAAAGAAACAAUUUCUUCGAAGGCAACUGAACAUAUUCAGAUUCAGAAAUAUUAUCGCUUAAUUUAAUUCAAAUAUCUAAUACCAAUAAUAGGAUUACAUGAAAUUAAACAAAAAAAA